AUGACCGCUUGUACUAACAAGAGUGUUUAUGGCGUGACGACUGGAUUUGGUGCAGCAGCAAAUACCAGAACGAGUGAUGUAGAAGCCUCACAAGUCUCAAUCCUAGAACACUUAUUAGCAGGAGUGUAUGGUUUCGAAAUUCAAGACUUGUCCCAGCUCGUUCCAUCAUGUACGCGAAAGUUGAAUGAGACUAACACUUAUAAUGCCGAUCGUUUGGUGGACGCUGAAGAGGAGCGGACGCGGGUCAGUCCCGGUUUGACUCAGGGGAGCACUUAUGGUUCGAGAGCGGGGGAGGGAAGGCAGGCGAGAAAGCGGCAGUCGUCGGUCGGGAACUGCACACUUAGGUUUAAGCGCCUUCGUAGGUUCAAGCCUUAUCUGAGAGCCAAAGGGCUUAGUAGCCCCAGAGAGUCAUCCGCGCAGCAAUGGCUUUGGCCAGACUGCGGACCUUGUUGUAGGCCUCUGCGCUACGAACCGGGGGGUCAUUUGGCCUUCUGUGAAUUAUAUCUUGUGUUGUUUGUGGGUAUUGAGCGAGCUCCAUCUCCACCGAAUAAGAUUGAUCCGACAUACUUCGCUCCGCUCAGUUGCCUCGCUUCAAUCAAUCCAAGGUUACAAGGAUCCGCCUGA